GGACAAAUACGGCGAGCAGAUUUAUCCGGUUACAUGUAUGGCAUUAUUUAUAUCAUCCUUGUUUUUGUUUUCUCUUCAAAAUCCUGGAGAAAAAGAUCAGAUAGAAAAAAUUGGGAAUGGGCAACCUAUUUUGCUGCGUCCAAGUUGACCAAUCAACAGUUGCUAUCAAGGAAAGAUUUGGGAAGUUUGAUGACGUUCUGGAGCCAGGAUGCCAUUUUUUACCUUGGUGUCUUGGAAGCCAGCUUGCCGGUAAUCUCACACUCCGAUUACAGCAGCUAGAUGUGCGUUGUGAGACCAAGACAAAGGACAAUGUUUUUGUCAACGUUGUUGCAUCUGUACAAUAUCGUGCCCUGGCAGAGAAGGCAUAUGAUGGUUUCUACAAACUUAGCAACCCCAGGACACAAAUUCAAGCCUAUGUUUUUGAUGUUAUCAGGGCAAGCGUUCCAAAGCUGGAUUUGGAUGAUGCUUUUGAGCAAAAGAAUGAUAUUGCUAAAGCAGUUGAAGAUGAGCUUGAAAAGGCUAUGUCUGCUUAUGGAUAUGAGAUUGUCCAGACCCUCAUUGUUGAUAUAGAACCAGAUGAACAUGUGAAAAGGGCCAUGAACGAAAUUAAUGCUGCUGCAAGGAUGAGAGUUGCAGCAAAUGAGAAAGCAGAGGCUGAGAAGAUUAUACAGAUUAAGAGGGCAGAGGGAGAGGCAGAAUCCAAGUAUCUCUCAGGAGUUGGUAUUGCCAGGCAGCGCCAGGCAAUUGUUGAUGGUCUAAGGGACAGCGUGCUUGGCUUCUCAGUCAAUGUGCCAGGGACAACUGCUAAGGAUGUUUUAGACAUGGUCCUUAUUACCCAGUAUUUUGAUACCAUGAAGGAAAUUGGUGCUGCCUCUAAAUCAUCAUCAGUGUUUAUCCCUCAUGGACCUGGUGCAGUUAGAGAUAUUGCAACCCAGAUUCGAGAUGGGUUGCUUCAGGCAUCUCACCCCCAGUAAUAACAGCUUUCUAUGGCUGAGUUUUACAACAAUUUAGUGCUAUGUUAUAACUUAAAUGUCUAUACCUGGGAAGUCGUUUAAUUGAGUCAGUUUUACUGGCUAUCAUUUGGUGUGUUUGAGGGAAAUCUGUUCCAUGUCUCUCUGUU